UCAACUAAACGAUGUAGGCGGCAUGAAGGAGUAGGCUUCGUGCCAUGGCAUCCACAUAUGUGGUGGAAAGAUCAUAUGAACGUACCGCCACAUUAAUUCUCUGCAGAAAGCUUUUUAUAUUAAAGUUACCUCACUGUAGCAUACAUUUUGGUCGUGGUAUUGGUUUCAAAGAGACUACGGAGCUGGCUUCUUUUACUCAAAUUAUUGAAAAUAGGCUGUGAAAAUAACUGUUAAAUAAUGUUUUCCUUUGGAAGCCAUGGAUGAAGGUCUGACUCCACAAUUCCAGCGGAGAUCUCACCGAUUCCUGCCUGAGUCGUCGGCUUGGAGGAAUCCUCGGUUUCCCCUUUAAAUUUUUUUCCUCUGCUUGGGAAAUUGCUCUACCGACAGUAUCAGUACCACUGCUGCUUGCUAUUGUGUGGACUGUGCGCAUGCGCCACGUAGUGGAAUUACUGCACUGGCCAGAAUAAGUUGGAUCUCGUCUGUCUUCACAGAAAUACAAAAAUCAAACCAAAAACUUUGACGAUCCUCAGAAUGGGCAAAGUGAGGUAUUUCGGAGUCCGGACAUUUCCUUUAAUAGUUGCCGUGGUGUGCGCACAAAGUGUAAAUGACCCUAGCAAUAUGGCACUGGUAAAAGAAACUGUGGAUAGACUGUUGAAGGGAUAUGACAUUCGCUUGAGGCCAGAUUUUGGAGGUCCCCCGGUGGGAGUGGGAAUGAACAUAGACAUCGCCAGCAUUGACAUGGUAUCUGAAGUCAACAUGGACUAUACGUUGACCAUGUACUUCCAGCAAGCCUGGCGGGACAAGCGGUUGUCCUACUCCGAGAUUCCCCUCAACCUCACCUUAGAUAACCGGGUGGCGGAUCAGCUGUGGGUUCCGGACACCUACUUCCUAAACGACAAGAAGUCUUUCGUCCACGGAGUGACGGUGAAGAACAGGAUGAUCCGCCUGCAUCCCGACGGCACCGUACUUUACGGCCUGAGGAUUACCACCACUGCAGCGUGCAUGAUGGACCUGAGGAGAUACCCUCUGGACGAACAGAACUGCACACUGGAGAUAGAGAGCUACGGCUACACCACAGAUGACAUCGAGUUCCACUGGAGAGGGGGGAACAGUGCUGUCACAGGCGUGGGGAGGAUUGAGCUUCCCCAGUUCUCCAUCGUCGACUACAAUCUCAUCUCCAAGAAUGUGGUCUUCUCUACAGGUUCUUACCCCCGGCUGUCAUUAAGCUUCAAGCUGAAGAGGAACAUUGGCUACUUCAUCCUGCAGACCUACAUGCCCUCUAUCCUAAUCACCAUCCUCUCCUGGGUCUCCUUCUGGAUCAACUACGACGCGUCUGCUGCAAGAGUGGCUCUGGGCAUCACCACUGUGCUGACCAUGACCACAAUCAACACCCACUUGAGAGAGACGCUCCCUAAGAUCCCUUACGUCAAAGCCAUUGACGUUUACCUGAUGGGCUGCUUCGUCUUCGUCUUCCUCGCACUGCUGGAGUACGCCCUGGUCAACUACAUCUUCUUCGGGAGGGGGCCACGGCGCCAGAAGAGGGCAGCUGAAAAAGCGGCGAUGGCCAACAACGAGAAGAUCAGGAUGGACCCAAACCAGUGGCUGGUUGGAAACAUAGUCCAGCGUGAUGAUGCUCUGUAUCCCAGGAUGAAACAGAGGGACCUCGGCGGCCAUGACACAAUGUGGGAACCAAUGUUCAUGGACGACGCAGCGAUGGGUCUAGGGGGGCUAGGGGACCAAAAAAACAAGAUGGGCUCUCAUGAGAACAUUCUCCUAACCCCCCUGGACCUCAAGAAUGAGAUGGGCACGCCAGAGCUCACCCUGAGCCUGGGAGACCCCAGGGGCACGAUGCUGGCCUACGACAGCUCCACGCUCCAGUACCGGAAAGCAGGCAUGGCACGCCACAACUACGGCCACAAUGCCCUCGAGCGGCACAUCGCCCAGAAGAAGAGCCGGUUACGGAGGCGCACCUCCCAUCUCAAGCUCCAGAUCCCCGACUUGGCCGACGUGAACUCUAUUGACAAGUGGUCAAGGGUGAUUUUUCCAACCGUCUUCUCGCUUUUCAACAUCAUCUACUGGCUCUACUACAUCAACUAAACUAGGCCAGGCAAAUGUGUACCACUUUUUAAAUCUUUUUGCUGUCUAAUUUUUCAACAGAAGCAAGACUGAACUACUUUAUAAAUAUUUAUCGAAAUCAGGACUUACUCCUAUCAACCUUGGAACACCUUAAUUGCUGGUUAACACAUGAAUACCUUAGACAUGAGAGAUUAAGAUCAUAUGGUGCCUGCUGCAGAGAUGUUGCUUAUAUAUAUACCUUAUAGUAGUUGAUUAUAUACAGUACAUUAUUCUGUGUAUGACUGAAGAUUUAUAUAUUUCUGUUUGUUUCAGUGUAUUUUGUGAUCAUUUUUUAAGUUUAUUUUUGGUUGCCAAAAUUAUGUUGAUAUGUAGAUUUUAAAUGGGAUUCAGAUUAGUGAAAUCUGAUGUAGAUCAGAAAUGCUGACUGGUCACAUUCAAUCCAGACAAACAAAUUCGUGCUCAAACAGUAGCUGUCUCUCUCCUUUUACUUUGACCAUUUCGGUCUGCAUUGAAGAUUUACAUCAGGUUUUUUUUUUUUUUUUUCUGGUUGACUGGAUGUAGUUUGAACAUUGCAGCAUUUCCAAUGUCAUUGUACAUAAUGACAUACCUUCAGCUCAAAUGAACACUGCCGAUCAAAGCCACACCAUUCCGUUUGAAGAGUCUGAAACAGGCUGUCUAUAGAUAGAGCACUUCUCUGGCCUUUAUUCACAUCAUAUAAAUACUAUGUUCAUUUUUCCCAAUGAAAGGGUAGUAUAGAAUAUUAGGACCGUAAUAUAGCUAUUUUAUAAUACGUUAUAUAUAAGUAUUUUGUACAAUUAUGUAACUACUAAAUUGAAUAAUUUAUUUUAAAGCAUUAUUUAAAUUGUUACUUUACUAGUAUGGAUAUACGUUUAUUAAUGAAAAUGAACUUCUAUUUUACAAAACCAAAUCCUCAUAUCAUUCCAGUGCCCCAGAACACAACACAAGAGGAAUGGAAGAAUGUGGUACUCCUUUCAAGGGUCUAGACUGAGAGUACAUGGGAAUACGAAAGAAACACUGCCCACAGGGUGAGCCACUGCUUUUCUGAACGUCAAGGUUUCAUAUGACACAAGCAUUUGGCAAGGACAGGCCUUGUCUUUGCUCAGAGGAAGUCCUUGGUCUGUGGUGGAGACACGGCGCUAAUGCAGUGUUGUGUAACUGUAACCUGUAUUUCAACAAGCACAGUCCCACACUGGGAUCCAAGCCUGUGUCCUUGGGCAUAAGAGACAGACUUGCUAGCAAAGAGACAAAAAAAACAAUGGCAGCUAGCAUCAGUCACUAGCGGGUCUCUUAAGUCGUCAGAGAGUAAAGUUUACACACCACAAAGAUCUGUACCUGUUGGUCUUCGUUGUAUAGCUAAAUAUUGCUAAAGUUAACCAGCCAACUAGCAAGCCCCAACUUGAAGUAUUUUCCAAGUUCUCAGAAAUGAAUGCAAAUGAUUGGGCAUGCUAGCAGUUCACUCUAACUUCAGCGAUAUUUGGCUACACAGGGGUGAUGGUAGCAGCUCGUCACUGCCCUCAAACUACAGCCGUUUACUGUAACACUUGGUCUGCUAGUCUGAGCAACAUCUGUUGCACAUAGUUUAAUCACCUCUAACAUAUCCAGCUAAAGGUGUAGUCUAGAAAAUAAAGUGUAGGAAAUUCAAUACUGCCUUUAAUUUACACCAAACUAACUUUUGGUAAAGAAUUAAACAUCGUAGGCCUACCUCAGUGUCUACAUGGUACAUUGACAUGGAGGGAACAACAUAUACCUAACAUGCCUCACACAUAUUGUGUCAUUAACAAUCACCUCCACACAGCAUGAUAAAUACAUUGGAGGUAAAUGCAAGGUCUUCAGUUAAUCAUUAGCAUACAUAUACUAUCUGUGACUAAUGGCACAGAGCUAGCAGUUAAGGCAUGUUUGUCACAAUAAGGGGAUAUUAACUGCGUCUCAUCUUUCUUUCACAACAACCUGUAAAUAUCUCUUGUAAAAGAUUGUUAACUGUAUUUGUAUCAAAACUGUAUGUGAGGAUUCAUUUAGCAUAGCAAUGUUUCCAUGGAGAUGGUAGCUUUCACACUGGUUUUAAAGAAUGAAUGUGUGAAUGGAUGAAAAAUUAAACGUAAGCUUCAUAUUUAUAAUAUUUUACUUUCUCGUACAUUAAACACAUACUUUUUUCUUUUUUCAUGGUGAUAAUUAUAACAUGCGAAACGCAAUAGAGACUACAAAUACAGUAAUGCACAAUUUAAGGUAAUGAGUCAUUCAAGGACCUGAUUGCUCAUUUGAUCGUUUUAAUAAAAACAAAAUUGCUAUCUAAGGUAGGUUGAUCAUGUUCAUAAUGUAACCAGAUUUAAAUAAUUUGUACAAUUCAGUGUUGUCAAAAAUAUCUUAUUUUUGAGACACGAUAUUUUGUUCACUAAUUGAAGCAAGUCGUGGGUGUUUUAUUCUGAGAUAAUGAAGACGUAAUAGACAGUCUGAACACCACAGUCUCUAUUUUUGUCUCACGUAUGCUUGACAUUUUAUCGCUUGUCAAAGACAUCAUGCUUUUUUCAUAGUGUCGAUAGACGCCAUGCUUUUUCAUAGUUUCCAUAGACAAUGUUUUGCACAUAAAAGCUAUCUUAUCUGCCAGAGUUUACGAGCGUUGGUGCUCAGAAUACAUUUUACACAAUAAGGUAACCAUUGUAUAGUAAGACAAAUAGCACAAAUAAGUAAUGCUCUCUCACAUAAACUCUGUGUAUGUGUGUGUCAUAUGUCUGAAAAGACGGGUAAGACAUACACAUUAUUUCUCGUAGAACUCGUAGAAUCGCCACUAUGUCUUUCAAAUACACACAUGGAAACAUUAUCAUACCCUUUCACUAACUCUACAUGCAUGACAUUAUUUGUCCGUAAAUACAUGAAUAAAUAAUACAAGUUUAUUAAUCAGUCUCUUUUCAGCUCCACUGACUGGGUAUAAUUACACAGAGAAAUGCAUCUUGUUGAUAUGAUAAAUGAUACAUAAGUACUAUAGGAAAUAAGAAACGUAUGAGCCUAAAUUAUAUUGAUAUACUCUUCCAUACUAAAAUGAGAAUAUAAAGGUGUUAGGGACUGUAACUUGAGACUAAUGGUAAGCAAUAAGAAAGAUGUAUAGGACAGUAUUUAUAUAGUGCUAUUUUAAAAUGUCAUUGCAAUACAUGUUUGUGAAAUACUUUUGAAUACAUUUAACAUGCUGAUAUUGAUAUAUUAUCAUUCAAUAUACGUGUAAUAUUCACUAACAUACAAUGUGAAUACUUUGAGGCACCCCUCCACAGUAUUCACAGAUCACUCUCUGCUGUCACUUUUGAAAAGGUUUCUCUGCUCAUAUAUGUUAACAAAUAUUUCUAAUCAUUGGUAAUGGAUUAUUUCGUAAAUCUAAAGAGAACCCCAGACUUCUUGGUUAUCGGUGUGAUUUUGACAAAGGGGCUUGAAUGUUGUGCUUAAAGCCCAGGUGUAAAUACACAGUUAUACAUGACUAACCUGUACAUAACCAGUGACUGCUCAAGGUGAUGACAAACCAUUUCACCGCUCUAAUUUGUGCUGAAUUGUGCUGUGUAAAAACACUGCAAACAAUAUGAUACGUCAAUAAUGUAAAUAUUCUUAGUGUCAUAUUGUAGAAAACAUGCUUCAGUUAUUUUUUCGGUGUGUGUGUGGCAAUGAGAUAUCUCAUCCUUAUGUGUUUUGCCAAACUGUAAAGCGUUUAUAAGUAAGAAUGUUAUUAUAUACCAGGACAGAACACCUCAGUGGUCAAAACAUGCUGGCAAACACUUGUACCAAAUCCAUGCAUUCUCUUCAUUCAUGUUGUAAGCAUAGUGACAGCCACAGCCACAGACACACACACACACACACACACACACACACAUACACACACACACAAAGGCAUUGUGCUUAUUUGUAUUGCAUUGCCCAUCUCAGGUCCUCACAAUCCCAAAAGUAUUUGUAAUUAUGUACAGUAUAAUAUAGACUGGCUGUUUUCCACCUGUGGGUGUGUGUGUGUGUAAGUGUGUCUGCAUAUGUAUAGGUAUGAAUGUGUGUGCAUGCAUUUGUGUGUGUGUGUGUGUGUGUGUGUGUGAAUGUAUGUGUGUGUGUGUGUAAAGGGGGCAGAACUAUAGAAUUAAUGGGCGUAGGCCUGGGCUGUGUGACACCAUCGAUUCUCAUUUUUUCUGUCAUCCUCUACAAAAAUUUUACUUGGGAAAUAUUUUGGCUGUGCCUCACAGUGCAUUUUUGCAUCAGUGUGUUUUGUACUUAAAUACUCUUACAAAAAAAUAACAGAGCACGACUGGAUUUGGCAGGAAGGGACAGAGCCUAAAUGCCAUCGUGUGUAUUAGGCAUAUGUGUAUGUAUUACAGAGAUGAUGCCUUAUUCUCCUCCCCUUCACUGUGUUUCCCAAUGAGGUCUUUCUUCAGAGCGAGGCCCACACUUCUGUGGUACCUAAAACAGGGUCCCCACAAUGUAUUUGUACUGAAGGACAAAAAAACAUCUGUGUGUUCGAGACACAAGUAUCCAUGGGCCAACUUUGUCGUCAAUAAAUAUUGUAUAUAGUUCUAA